GUAAACAGUGACCGUGUGUGUGUGUUCAGUGAUAUAUUAUUCCCCUCUGCAAAGGAUUAAACCGAUUUCAAACAUUUUCGCAAUGCGCUCCUACGUUAUAUUCGCUUGUUUGACGACAAUCUACGCCGUCUCUGCGGCACCACAAUACGGCUAUGGCUACGGAGCACAACCAGCCGCCAGCAGUUUUGUACCCUCAGCACGUGGUGGUGAGAAAUAUUUGCCACCCGCUACCACAACACCAGCACCCAGCGUACACAAGCAAUUCUAUACAAUUUCGGCACCGGAGGAUACUGAUGAUGGCAAGCCCAAACAUUUAGUCAUCGGUCGUCCACAGAAGAACUAUCGUGUUGUCUUCAUUAAGGCACCAGGCCCCGAUAACUCCAACCGGAAAUUAUCUGCUGAAUUUGCACCACAAGAGGAGAAGACUGUCAUUUAUGUGCUUUCCAAGAAGGAUGACGAGUUGACAGCUAAUGACUUUGCCACACCAGCGCCAACGGUGCCAAGCAAACCCGAAGUCUUCUUCAUCAAAUACAAGACACCCGAGGAAGCAGAAGCAGCGCAAAAGGAAAUUCAAGAUCAAUAUGACCAACUGGGUGGCACUAAGGAAAUCUCCGAUGAAGGCACCGCCCCAGUGGCUUCGGUUAUUGGCUCCUUGGAUGGUAUUGCUCCCGAUGGCAGCUACAACUACAGAGCCAUUCAAGCGCCACCAGAGGACAUUGGCAGCGCGUCGUCACCACUUACCCAAUUUUUGCCUGCUGUGGCUCGUCUGUAAAGCGCUUGCUGAUUGACCUGUUACAAUUAUUUUGUUGUUAUAUGUCAACGUUAUGUUGCAUCAUCCAUGACUGCUCGACUUUAAGAAUUUUUUGAUUAGUUUUUAGUUUUUCUUUUUGUU